AUGAAUACUACAACUUCGACCCAAAUCUUCUCUCCACUCGAUGCGGCCAACUUGGAAAGCAUUGGCCUGCUUGGACCCGUUGAAACUGAUGGAAAGCGAAAAUGUCACAAGCGUCGUCUUAAUCGUUCUAGUGACGAAGAGCACAAGGACAUUCCCCUUGAUGUUAGUAUAGGCUCUCCCGAAGCUGAAGAAGCCGACGCCUAUGCUACUAUACCAGACGCCAUCUUUUCUCGAGAAACGUUGAAUUACCUGGGUUUCUCUACACACAUGGCCGAUACGAUCUGGAACGGAUGGGUUAACUGGCCCCUGGACGGACCUGGUCGUGAAGUUGACGCUGCCACCGGCGGUCUUCGAGUCACCUUUAUUGACUUUAUUAUCCUUCGCCACGUGAAGAAGGCGAACAACGUCUAUGAAGACGACGAUUUCAAGUGGCGCCAAUGCCUCAACGCAUGCGGUAUGAGCGAUUCAGUACAAAAUGCCAUCAUGGAUGAGAACUUCAAGGAAAUUCGUAUGUCUAGAUCAUGUGUCUAUUGGGUUACCGACACCGUCCAGAUGCGAUACGCCGGGCUGAAGGAAAUACAACGAGCCUCUCGUGAGCGAGAUAUGCAACUUCAGCGAGAACGCGCACGUCAGGGCGGUCCAAGUCGCCGCGACCGCACCAGCAGCAGUAUGGGGAGCGAUCAGAGUGGAAGUGCUCAGCGUCGUGGCCAUACUCGUGGCAGCUCAUCCCAGGGGGGACGAUCGUUUUCAGGUGCCCAAGCGGAUAGCACACCAGGCAUUCACUCCGAAUUAUGGAACCCCAAUAUUAUCAGGAGAGCACAAGUUGAUCCGCAAACCCUUAUUCUAUUCAAGGGCAUUGAUCUUGGGCGUAUUCCCGACCUCCUGAACCCAGACGGGACGGUUCAAAACAUCAUGGCGCUUUCUUCUCCGCCGCCAUCCGACUUCAGCAACAGCACCGCACUAUUCUACUUUACGCCUGAAAUGGAGGUAGCCGAAUACUACGCAGCAUAUGCUAAGCGUCGUGCCGGCUGCGAGGCUGUUGUAAUGGUCACUUGUCACAUUCCAAAGCAGGUCAUCAAUGACAUGAAGGAGCCCAAUAUUUUCCGUCUGUAUUAUCCAACGCCACAAUGGAAGCAACUUGUCUGGCGCAGCAGGUCCAAUCAACCAUUUACCAAACCACUGAGAAAGUACGAUGAUGCCAUGCUCAUUAUUGGUAAUAUUUCCUCAGGGGAUAACGACAAUUAUCGAAAGCUAGCAUCUUGGGAGGAAAUUGAUGGGAGUUGUCUGCUUCGAGUUAAACGAAUGGGGCAGAGUAACGCGCAAAUAUCGCGACAGUACGCCUUCACAGGCCGCCUCGCAGGACAAGACCUUCUGACUGAAAAUGGCAAGUUCAACGCUUAUCGCUUCUCGGAUGAGCACAUCACUGCUUUAAUCAGCCGUCAUCGUGUUUAG